CCGAGGAGCGCCAUGUGGAAUGUACUAUGGGAGCACAACGCUACAAAAUGGAUCAGAGAUGGAGAUUUGGAGGACUCGCCAUAGGGGAACUGUUUCUAUUACCUCUAGCAGGGAGGAAAGUUUAGAGAGCUUCAGCUAACAGCUGAGUCUUCGAUCAACUUGUUGAUCUCUUCUUCUCGCCUCUUAAUCGAUAGAAAUCGAUAGAAAUCUGUAGAAAUCUCUCCGUAUACGGUUGAAUUUCUGCUUCGGGAUCUUCUGUGUUUUUUUUUUUGGUGUUUGGAAGUGUGGGAGAAGGAGAAAAUAGGUGGAUUUGUUGGGGGAGUGUCGAGUUUUGAUCUUCGUUAUUGAAGAUUCUUCGUAAGGAUAUUCGUUAAGAAAGAAGAUAUUACUUUCCAUAGUUAAUGCACAGGAUGAGCACCACAAAAGUUACCCGUCGAGUUGGUAAAUAUGAGCUCGGUCGAACAAUCGGGGAAGGUGCAUUUGCAAAAGUGAAAUUUGCAAGAAACUCCGAAACUGGGGAACCUGUUGCUAUAAAGAUUCUGGAUAAGGAGAAAAUUUUGAAACACAAAUUGGUUGAGCAGAUUAAGCGUGAAAUUGCGACUAUGAAGUUAAUUAAGCAUCCAAAUGUCGUCCGCCUCCACGAGGUAAUGGGCAGCAAAUCAAAGAUCUUUAUCGUUCUCGAAUAUGCUACUGGUGGAGAGCUCUUUGAUAAAAUUGUUAAUCAUGGACGAAUGAAAGAAGAUGAGGCACGCCGAUAUUUCCAGCAACUAAUUAAUGCUGUUGAUUUUUGUCAUAGCAGAGGUGUAUACCAUAGGGACUUGAAGCCUGAAAAUCUUCUACUAGAUGCAUGUGGAAACCUCAAAGUUUCUGAUUUUGGUUUAAGUGCACUUUCUCAGCAAGUCAGGGAUGAUGGCUUGCUUCAUACCGCAUGUGGAACUCCAAAUUAUGUUGCUCCUGAGGUUCUCAAUGAUAGAGGCUAUGAUGGAGAUUCUGCAGAUUUGUGGUCUUGUGGUGUUAUAUUGUUUGUGUUACUUGCAGGAUACUUACCUUUUGAUGAUGAUAAUAUCAUGAAUCUGUACAAAAAGAUAGGAACUGGUGAUUUCACUUUCCCUUCCUGGUUUUCUCAUGGCACCAAACGUUUUAUUUUGAGAAUUCUCGAUCCUAACCCUAUGACGCGGAUAACAAUCCCCGGGAUAUUGAAGGAUCAAUGGUUUAGAAAAGGGUAUAAACCCCCUAUUUUUAAUGAAAAGUAUGAAACAAAUUUGGAUGAUGUUGACGCUGCUUUCAAUGAUUCACAAGAAUCACAUGUGGUGGAGAAACAAGAACAACCAGCAGCUCUGAAUGCGUUUGAACUUAUUGCUUUGUCGAAGGGUCUGAAUCUUGAAAAUUUAUUUGAUAUUGAACAGGAAUUAAAGAGAGAAACUCGAUUUACAUCGACUUGCUCGGCGAAGGAACUCAUCAGUAAGAUCGAAGAAGCCGCAAAACCUCUUGGAUUUGAUAUUCACAAGAACAAUUACAAGAUGAGGCUUGAAAAUAUCAAAGCAGGAAGGAAGGGAAAUCUCAAUGUUGCAACAGAGAUAUUUCAAAUGGCUCCAUCUCUGCAUAUGGUUGAGGUUCGAAAAGCUAAAGGAGACACAUUGGAGUUUCAGAAGUUUUAUAAAAAACUGUCAAACUCGUUGAAGGAUGUGGUCUGGCAUUCUGAAGAUGAUGCACAAGUUCAUACAAGCAAGUUGUCAGAUCAGAGGAUGUAGAGUUCUGGUUUCAGAUAUAUAUAUAUAUAUAUAUGUAGCUAUGUAGAUAUUUCAGCUGUUUAAGACAGUGAGCAGCAUGUUUUGUACAGGCAACCAUCAUUUGUUCAUUUAAAUGAAAAAGCUUUACUUACCCUUAACGGCAGGGGAAGCGUGGGGAUACUUCUCUUUUUCAAA